CAAAAGUCAAGUAUUGUUCGAGAGAGUGCCAGAAGAGGGAUUGGGCUGUUCACAAAGUCGUGUGCACUCGGUCCUCCAACUAGCAAAGAUAAUCUCGAUCGUGAAAGCACUACCACAUGAAAGAAGUUCAUCCGCUAGUCUGAUCCGGCGUAGGCGCCUGAUGGAACAAGCACCCAUCGAAGUUAAGGGUGAGCCACGACAAUAAAUGAGAGAGCCUGUAGACAGUCACAUUUGCAAACGAACCAGGCCCACCGGUGUUUCGGGAACGAGCCGUCGCGUACAGGCGGGAUAGAUCUUCGGAGCUGUCGUUUUCAGAACACAUGAGCCGGCUCGUUAGAUCAGGACGUGAAUUGAUUGUUCUCCUACGGUCGACCGCUCACUGGAUCGGUCUAAUGGUUUCUUCCUGGUUGCUCGGAGAGGCCCAAUGUCCAGAUCGAUUACGUGGAGACGUGCCGGAUCAGGUCCGCCUCGUGAUGAUGUCAUGUCCCUGUGUCAGCAUCGACCGCAAUCGAGCCCUCUUGGGAAGCCCUGCGGCAAUGGCCCUGAGGUUCAAUGCUCCGUUUUGCCACGGAUCGUGACGCGUCGCCCUUUGCCGCCUUUUCGUUCGUCAUAAAAGCAGACAUCCGCCUUCUCCAGCCGGCACCUCUGUGUCUCGUAUCGGACAUGGAUUGAUGCUCAUGACCUGGGUGCCCAACCCCGUCCCCGACGAGCAAUGCUUCGAGGCAAUCAAGGCCGGAAUCGACGCGCUCCCUGCGGGAACCAAGGCGUUUCUGAACUCCGGCUCCUUCUACGCUCAGGACUUCGGCACUGGGAACCUGCAGAUGCUUUCUCGCUUCUUCGCCAAGUAUCCCGAUUACGCCGACAAGACCUUCCUCUCGGUGAAAGGUGCCGCUGGGAUGCAAGGUCCCAACUGCUCCGAGGAGAAUCUUCGUUCCGAGAUGGAAAAGAUCGCUGGCGCGCUCGGGCCCAUCAAGAAGAUGGAUCUCUUUGAGCCUGCACGCGUCGACACCCACCGUCCGAUCGAAGAGACCAUGAAGACCUUGGCCACGCUCGUUAAGGAGGGCCACUUCUCCCAUAUCGGUAUCUCGGAGUGCAACGCAGACACCUUGCGCAAGGCCCAUGCCGUGCACCCCAUCGCGGCAGUCGAGAUCGAGAUCAGCCCUUUCUCCUACGACCAUAACCAGAAGAAAGUGCUCGCCGCCGCCGCCGAGCUCGGUGUUUCCGUCAUUGCCUACUCCCCUCUCGGACGUGGUCUGAUCGCUGGAAAGUACAAGUCGGCUGCGGAUCUCGAUGCGGGCGACAUGCGCCAAAACUUCACCCGAUUCAAAGAUGAGGCUAUUCUGAAGCACAAUGGGGAGAUCGUCGAGCAGCUCAAUCAAGUGGCGGAGAAGCGUGGAGUCACCACUGCUCAAAUUUCAAUUGCCUGGGUUGCAGCCCUGGGCCCGAACGUCAUCCCUCUUCCUGGAUCAUCGAAAGUGUCGCGUACCCUGGAGAACCUUGGAGCUGGCGACAUCAUCUUGACUGAAGAGGAACUGAAGCAAAUUGACCAGAUUCUCGCCAAGGGCGCCUUGGGUGAUCGGUACUGGGGAGCACCGGACGAGAAGGCACAUCUCUGGGGUUGAAUAACUUUCAACGAGAACAAAAUGUAUUACAUCAAUUCCUGAGAUAGAUAGUGUUCCACACCAUUGCAAUGAGAAAUGACAUGCUUCAACUCA